UUGUGUCUACUAUUCUGGGUAUUCUCAUCAUCUUGUGUUUCUCUGUGGUUGUUAAUUCUGAUUUGCUUUUGGAUUUGUACUUGUUCCCAAGUAGGAAACACAGGCAUAUGAGUGCGUUUUGUGUGGGUUUUGUUUUAUCGUUUCGGGAGGUUUCGUGGAGAUCAAUGAGUUAUGUUUGUCUUUACGUUUUAGUUUCAGAAAAUAUUCGUUAAAACUUGGGUGUUCACUGAAGUUAAUCUGUUGUUUUGGGAGAUUUGUUCUGCUUCUCUGCUUUAUUCUUCUUUUUUCUUCUCUCUCUCUCUCUCUCUCUCAUAAUUUGUGUUUUGCUUCUUUUCCCCGGGCGGGUCUGGAUUUUCUUAGUUAUGUGUUCUCUUCAAUCUUAAUUGAGCUCCAGGCGGGUGGAAUCUCUCUCUCUCUCUCUCGUGUUGAUUAAGCUUUUGUGAUUCAUUGGCUUGGUGGGUUACAGAUUUUUUUCCCCACACAUUAGUCUCUGAGCUUACUAACAGACGCCCGGACAAAAUUUAGGUGGCGGUGCCUUGGCUUAGUUGGCUUUCUCUGUAUUCUGGCUUACAUUUCGGAGGCCAACGCGCGCUUUUCACAUGACAUGGAUGAUGAAUAUGAGAAACUUUUUCGGAGAUUGAAUCCACCCAGGGUUGUGAUUGAUAAUGAGGCCUGCAAGAAUGCAACAGUGAUACGGGCUGACAGUGCAAACAAGCACGGAAUACUUCUUGAAGUAGUACAAGUCCUUACCGACCUUAACCUUAUCAUAACUAAAGCUUACAUAUCUUCUGAUGGUGGAUGGUUUAUGGAUGUUUUUAAUGUCACCGAUCAAAAUGGAAAUAAGGUUACAGAUGAAGGAAUUUUGGACUAUAUUCAAAAGUCUCUUGGACCAGACGCAUGCUUCUCAUCCUGUAUGAGAUCUGUUGGGGUUAUACCAUCAUUGGACCACACUGCAAUUGAGCUAACUGGAAGUGACCGACCAGGACUUCUUUCUGAAGUGUGUGCUGUCCUCACGCAUCUUAAAUGCAAUGUAGUGAGCGCAGAGGUCUGGACACACAACGCCCGGGCUGCAGCUGUCAUGCAUGUGACUGAUGAGGAAACAGGGUGUGCAGUUACUAAUCCAGAGAGGCUAUCUAGGAUUAAGGAACUUCUCUGUAAUUUACUUAAGGGCAGCAACAAAUCCAGUGCAGCUAAGACUGUGGUCUCUCAUGGGAUUACACACACCGAGAGAAGGCUUCACCAGAUGAUGUUUGCUGAUAGGGAUUAUGAACGAGCUGAUGAUGCCUCAGAUGAGAAGCAAAGACCUAAGGUGAAUGUUGUCAAUUGGUAUGAUAAAGACUACUCUGUGGUUACAAUCCGGAGUAAAGAUCGGCCCAAGCUUCUCUUUGAUACAGUUUGCACAUUGACAGACAUGCAAUAUGUGGUUUUUCAUGCAAAUAUUGACGCUGAGGGUCCAGAAGCUUAUCAGGAAUACUAUAUUAGGCAUGUAGAUGGUUGCCCUGUGAAAUCAGAUGCGGAGAGAGAAAGAGUGAUACAAUGUCUUGAAGCAGCUAUUGAGAGGAGAGUGUCUGAGGGCUUGAAGCUAGAACUCUGCACUACCGACAGGGUUGGGCUGCUAUCUGAUGUCACUCGCAUCUUUCGUGAAAAUAGCCUCACUGUCACCAGAGCCGAAGUUACAACUAAAGCGGGUCAAGCUGUUAAUACGUUUUAUGUUCGUGAUGCAUCUGGGUAUCCUAUUGAUUCUAAGACUAUAGAUUCCAUCCGGCAAGAAAUCGGCCAGGCUAUACUUAAAGUGAAAGGCAACCCUGAAGACUUAAAACCUGUUCCUCAGGGGUCUGCAACUAAGUUCCUCUUUGGUGGUCUCUUCAAGUCUAGAUCCUUUGUUAACUUUGGUUUGGUUAGGUCCUAUUCAUGAGAAACUCACUCCCCUCCCCCGUGUACAUUAAAAACCCUCGGCUGCAUACUCCACUACAAAUCUAAAACCAUUUUAAAGGAGGUGUGACUUAAAUUAGAAACAUGUAUAUAUAUUCUGAAAAGAGUCCAGGAAAGCCAUAGUGAGAGUCAAAUUCCUUGUAAAUUCCACCCAUGUGUCCUGCUUUAACCUUUGUAUUUGUUGCUACGAAUCCAAAGUGACAUUGGAUUCUUGAAAUCAAAGAAAGGAAAGUCCAACUAAAUUGUAUAAUGCCAUGGAACUCUCAGAUCUAACAUGUACAUAAUUUUUCUCUGCUUUGCUUA